AUGGGAAGUCAGUUUGGAGGAUUACCGCAGCAGCAGCAACAACAACAUAUGUAUGGUCAAUUUGGGCCGUUCAUGCAGCAGCAGCCGGUAUAUCCUCAUUAUGGAGGAUCGACACAGCAGCCCGUUUAUAAUCAGCAGUACUACACUUCUCCGAAUCAACAACAACAGCAGUCUCCUUUGAUUCGUCCACAGCCUCGACCAUAUUAUCCUUCGCCGCCAGCACCACAGUCUCAUGAAGCCACGUCUCGCACGUUGCAUGAAUCUGCCCUAAUCGCCAUGCACGAGCAAUGGAUGGUUGAGCACGAACGUACCUACGCUAACGACACAGAAAAGAAGAGUCGUUUCGAAAUCUUCAAGAACAACCUCAACUACAUCGACAAGUUCAACCAUGAGAAACCCAAUCGAACAUACAAGCUGGGUAUCAACCGAUUCGCAGAUUUGACUUACCAAGAAUUUCGUAGGUACUUCACUGGUUUUAAGGUGCCUUCUGGGGAGAACACUAAUAAUGAUAAUUCUUUCAAGUACCAGAACUUGACUCUAGAUAAUAUCCCAACGAGUGUCGAUUGGAGAAAAAAGGGUGCUGUCACUGCUGUAAAGAAUCAAGGACAAUGCGCAUCAUGCUGGGCCUUUUCUGCAGUGGCAGCAGUGGAAGCGAUCACACAGAUCAGGACCGGGAAGCUGGUGUCACUGUCGGAGCAACAACUACUGGAUUGCGUGAGCAAGAACGAUGGCUGCAACACUGGAUUCAUGGAGUAUGCAUUCGAGUACAUAAUCCAAAACAAUGGCAUAACCACUGAGACCAACUACCCUUACGAGGGGGGCCAGAGUAGUUGUGACACUGCAGCUCCGGCUGCGAAGAUCACCGGCUACGAAAGAGUGCCUCAAAACAAUGAAGACGCUUUGUUGAAGGCAGUUUCUCAGCAACCUGUCUCGGUUGGGAUUGAGGAAACUAAGAGCUUACAAUUCUACGACCCGUCGUCUGGUAUCUACACAGGCGACGACUGCGGUGGUGGCCGGAGUGGGCUGCGUCAUGCUCUUACACUUGUUGGGUAUGGUGAAGAAAAUGGAACCAAGUAUUGGUUGGCUAAGAAUUCAUGGGGAACUAAAUGGGGUGACAAUGGCUAUGUCAAGUUCUUGAGAGGUGGUGGUUCUCCUCAAGGUGUUUGUCAGAUCAACACCUAUGCUUCCUAUCCAAUUGCCUAA